AUGAUUUCAGACUACCUUCAACUUCCGAAGGGGUACGAGAUACCAAUCCUCUUCCUCACUCCAAUCCUGCUUAACUUUGUUGGGACAAUAUUGUACAAUGUUUUCUUCCAUCCGCUCGCUGCGGUGCCUGGCCCAUUAGCAUGCAAGGUUUGCCGUGCCUGGCUGUAUCUGGCGGAGCGAGGUGGUGAUGGUGCAAAUACUGUGGCAGCUUUGCAUAAGCGAUAUGACCCUGCAUUUUAUGAUGCCUUCUCUUCCAACCAUGGCAACUUGUUCACCUUUUCUAAUGUCGAUGAAUACUCCAAACGAAAGAGGCUGAUGUCACCUUCGUUUUCACGUGCCUCCACAGAGAAACAUGACGCUAUUGUACAUGCAACUAUCACACCGCUGGUGGAAGAGGUUGCUUUGAGUGUACGGAAAGGAGAGUCUAUCGAUUUGUAUUCUGUCAUGCGCAGGUUUGCGAUCAAGUCUAUCAUAUCCUUCUGUUAUGGAAACAAUUCGAUUUCUCCCGAUUAUUUUGAAAGUGUGAUACCGAAACUCUUCCAGGUACUUGAUGAAAGUCCAAAGGACUUGCUGGUUUUACAGCAUUUUCCUCUUCUUCGCAAGUCUCUGACGCAUCUCGCAACUGUUUUCCCCCAGCUAUUUCCAGAAUCUAUCAAGUUCCUGCAGAUGGUUGGAAUGGAGCUUCUGAGUUCUUCUCGAAAGUCAAGCAGUGCCACCCAGCCAGGCCUUUUCAAGGAAAUGCAGACGUUGCUAAAGGUUAAAGACCAGUCACUAACUGACGAUGAACUUAUUGCGGAAAGUAGCACGAUGUUCUUCGCUGGCACGGAUACAACUGCAACCACAGUCUCUGUCGCGCUCUGGCACCUGAUCCACCAACCUGACGAUUACGCUCGCCUUCAGGACGAGUUAAGGACAAUCAUGCCGGAUGUGAACUCCGGACCGAGCUUAAGAGAACUCGAAAGCUUGCCUUUCCUCGAAGCGUGUAUCAAAGAGAGCCUACGUUUAGCAUGUCCCGUUAGAGGGCGGCUUCCACGUAUCUUUCCACCAGAAGGCUUAGAAGUGAAUGGCUUUAGAAUUCCUGCUCGUACUGUUGUAUCUUCAUGCAUAUCUUACAUGACAUACGAUGAGGAAGUAUUCCCAGAGCCAUGGAAAUUCCGGCCUGGAAGAUGGCUUCAAGACAACAGCAAGGAUCUUGAUGGGUUUCUAUACCCGUUCUCUAGAGGCACGCGAUCAUGCAUUGGACAAAGUUUGUCUCUUGCUGAGCAGCGAGUUGCGAUUUCACAAAUGGUUCGCAGGUUUUCCCCGCGUAAGGGUAUGCAAUUCCGCGAAAUUGUUGGGAAAGAGUAUGUGACAUAUGUUAUGGAAGAUAAGCUCCCAGUGAUGCUGGAGGAAGCCAAAUAA